CGGAUACCCAAUCGGAGUCUUACGCGAACGCCGUGUUACACGUGAGGGACCCGAUAUGUUGCGAGAAAGUCCAAUUACCUCGACCUUUUGUGCCUUUUAAUGCUCGUUCGUGUGAAGAUAAGGAAAAAGGGUUAAACAAAAGCAAUGGAGUCAGCAGAGGGUAUCAACGGUGUUCACGAAGAGGAUACACUUCUCGACAACAGACCUCCCUCGGUCGAAGAAAACGGCAACACGGACAACAAUGACAACACCAAAUCUUCACCAGUCCCGGAGCAGAGUGCCAAUGGGGGAGACACUCAGAUGCUAUCCAAAAGACAGCAGAAGAAGCUCCUGAGAAGACAGAAGUGGAACGAAACGAAAGCGGAGAGAAGAAAGAAGGAGCGGGAAAAGCUGAAGAAGAGGUUGGUGGAGAAGAGGGCGGCCGGAGAGCCCUGCGGCAACAUCAGGAAAAAGUUGAAGCAGAUGACCAUGGCAAGCAGUUCGUGUAAGCAGCGUGUUGUUGUCGACAUGUCCUUUGACGACCUCAUGAUUGAGAAGCAUUUGUCUCAGUGCGUUAAGCAGGUUAGCCGUUGUUAUAGCGCCAACCGGAGAGUCAGUAGCCCUAUGCAACUCUAUGUAACUAGCUUUGAGGGGAAGUGUGCAGAGGUCAUGUCCAAACAGAAUGGUUAUGAACACUGGGAUGUGUACUUUAAGAAGGAGAAUUAUAUGGAUAUUUUCCCCAAAGAAGACAUAAUAUACCUCACAAGUGAAUCAAAGAAUGUUAUUACAUCCGUGGAUGAAAAUAAAGUGUAUGUCAUUGGAGGCUUGGUAGACCACAAUGUGCAUAAAGGGUUGUGUCUUAGACUGGCUGAAGAGAAAGGUAUUACUCAUGGCAGGCUUCCAAUAGAUGAAUUCAUUGAGAUGAAGACGAGAAAAGUCUUGACCAUCGAUCAUGUGUUCCGCAUUAUACUAGGAGUCACGGAAGGGGGGUCGUGGAAGGAGGCUUUCCUGAACACCAUCCCGGCAAGGAAGGGGGCAGUCGGCAAGGAUGAGGAAAACGACUGUGAAGAUUCCGAAUUGGAUAAAGAUGCGACUAACAAUUCAGACGACAAGAGCGAAGACAACCCCUCAGAGAGCAAAGAGCCUAUUAUCGAAGAAGGGGAUGCGGAGAAGAGCUGAUACUGAUAGGCUUAGGCUGUUUAUUGUUACUUGAAUUGUAUGUAAUGCAUCUUCUCUCAGUUUUUUUAUUCAGUUUUUUAAUUAAAUUCUUGUCAGGUUUAUAUGUAAACCUUGUAAUCGCCUGGAAUUUAUGACUUGUCAGAUUGAUGAGAAUAUUAAAUGGGUGUUUGAGAGCUGUGACAAAAAUCCCAUAGGUUGGGUAUUUUUACUGUAUGUAUUUUUAGCUUAAAGCAAAGUAAGAAGAAAAGGUUUAAAGAAAGGUAAUCACUUUUAGUCCAAGCACACAUAGGCUUCUAUGCCAUGAUAAAACUGUAUCUGAAAUCAGACAACUAUAUAAAGGAAUAAAGAAU